AUGGAAUGUAAAUACAAAUUAACAGAUUGUUUAAUUGGGCAUAGUAGUGAAGUAACAUCAUUAUCAAUAACACCAGAUCCACAACUUAAUACUAGCUCAAUAAAUUAUUUUGUUUCAGGAUCAAAGGAUGGUACAGUAAUAAUUUGGAAAUCAACCAUGUUAGAAAAUAAUAUACCAAAUACUACUCUUUAUAGGGUAUUAAAAGGUCAUUCAGAUGUUGUUCAAAAGGUUGCAAUUACAAAUGAUCAAAAAUUUGUCAUAUCUGGGUCAUGGGAUUGUAAUGUUUGUAUUUGGGAUAUUCAAAGUGGUGAAUGUAUUAAAACCAUUAAACAUCAAUCACAAGUAAUCGAUAUAUCAUAUCAACGGGCUGAUGUUGAUUAUAUUUCAUCAAUUCAAAGCAAUGGUAUGGUAAUGAUUUGGAAAUUAUUUUCAAAAAUUGAAGAACCAACAUUUCAUAAAUCAUUUCAUAAUGAUAAUAAUAUUAAUAAUAAUAAUAAUGGUAAUAGAUUAAAUUGUUGUUUAUUAGGAUAUCAUCCAACACUUUGUACAGCUGGGAGUGAUAAUAAAAUUUUUAAUUGUUUAAAUGAAUUCAAUGAAGAAUUAAAAUCAGUAAAAUAUAAUAAACCAAAAAAUUUAAAAAGAAAGAUACCUCAAUUUUUCAAACAUAAAGGUGGGAAAAUAAAUUGUAUUACUUUUUCACCAGAUUAUUCAAUAUUAGCAUCGGGUUGUAGUGAUGGUGAAUUAUAUUUAUAUAGUUUUAAUGAACCCCAUUUUGAUCAUUUAAUGCAUUUCAAGACUGAUAAUCAAAUAAAUAAUAUAACUUUUAAUCCAUUAAAAUAUUGGUGUACAGCUGCAAAUGAUAAUAAUAUAAUAAUAUGGGAUUUGGAAAGUAAAGAUGUAAUUGUAAAUAUUAUUAUCGAUGAUUUAGGCUAUGAUAUCAAUAAUGAAAAUAAAAAUGAAAUCAUUUCAAAAUAUAAAGAGAAUUGGAGAGAUUUAGAAUAUCACAAAACUCAAUUAAAUUUAAAAAAAGAUCAAGGAAUUCUUGAUAAACCUUUUAUUCGUUCGCUUUCAAUUUGUUGGUUAAAUGGUGACAUUUUUUAUGUGGCUUGUGAUGAUGGUACAAUAAGAGAGUAUACUUUAAAACAAUAA